CGACAUUGAGCUGGAUAAAAGUCAAAUUCUUACCUCGCCCUUUCACUGCUGGCAGGAUCAGAUUGCAUUUCUUUUAUUAUUCUUCACUCCCCAGUUUCCUGAUCUGUUUGAAAGAAGAAGUAGAAAAGAUAAAUCCUCUCUUCAAUGCCUGGAAAGGAAAACAAAAUGACCUCAACUCCGCUUUGAAAAAAUCUUUCCAAGAACUUUCUUCAGAGAUUUUACUCAGAUGAUUGACGCAAUGAAGAAAGAACAGAUUUUUUUGGUUUCUGUAUGUCUGCUGCUUAGUUGUGCUUCUGCCCCUCUUAAUGCUGUUCCUGAGGAAGGUGAAGAACAUACAAACAUUACAGAUGCUGAGUUGCCACCGUUGAAACUUGUACAUUCAUUCUGUGCAUUUAAAGCAGAUGAUGGCCCAUGCAAAGCAAUGAUAAAGAGAUUUUUUUUCAAUAUUCACACUCAGCAAUGUGAAGAAUUUAUAUAUGGGGGAUGUGAAGGAAAUCAGAAUCGAUUUGAAAGUCUGGAAGAGUGCAAAGAAAAAUGUACAAGAGAUUAUCCAAAGAAAACUAGAAGGACAAAGACAACAUUGCAAAAAGAAAAGCCAGAUUUCUGCUUUUUGGAAGAAGAUGCUGGAAUCUGUCGAGGUUAUAUUACUAGGUAUUUUUAUAACAAUCAAUCAAAGCAGUGUGAACGCUUCAAGUAUGGUGGGUGCCUUGGCAAUCUCAACAACUUUGAAUCACUGGAAGAAUGCAAGGACACCUGUGAGGACUCAUUGAAUGAUUUCCAGGUGGAUGAUUAUAGAACCCAGCUUGAUGCUGUGAAUAAUGACUCCUUGACUCCCCAGCCUACCAAGGUACCCAGCUUCUUCGUUACAACAGAAAGAACAAAUGACGGUUGGAAGAAUGCUGAUCACACUUACCAAGUCUUUCUGAACAUCUGCAUUCAUGCAUCCAUAUUCAUUUUAAGAUUACAUAGCAUUUUAUGCAUAUGUUAAUAAUUGUUUUUUGGUAUUUCUUUAAUAUUUAUAUGGUAUAUGUGAUGCCUUUCAUAGGAUACUAUUAAUAAAGUUUUAAUAUUUAUAUGCAUAGAGUUAAUAUAGUCCUCUCAAUAUAUCUCUGAUAAACAUCUAACUAGCAAAGAAAAACUAAUGUUUUCAAGUGUUCAUAUUGGCACUGGGCCUUUUGAGUGGACUUGACUCAUUCAUGAAAAAAGUGGAUUAUCCUUCUGCUGCUCAUAGCUUCCUUUGCUUCUGUAUAUCAACUGUU